AUGGGCACCUUGAAUCUACUCACCCCAGAAGUCUUCAAGAAUGCUGUCGCGGAGAACAUGAUCCCUAAUACCACCAAUUGGCCCAUCGGAAGCAUCAAAAUUCCAGGGUUCUAUCGAAAAAGCCUCUGUCACUAUGUUACAAAGUUGGAAGACCCAGAAUAUGGCAGCCACUAUGGGUUUGACGAUGAGAUUGAGUUCAAUACUCAAGCCAGUAAUCAAUGGCAUAGCUUCGCUAACUUCAUACAUCUCCCAACCGGCCUCACCUACAACGGAGCAAAACCAACAAUCGAUGCCUUUCAAACCCCCGAAUCUACCCAGCAUCUCCCAACACUAGACCACUGGCACCAACGUGAUUGUGUGACAGGCCGAGGCGUACUAAUCGACUUCAAGAGUUACGCACAGAACCACGGAAUAAGCUACGACCAAUUCUCCGGAGAUAUCCUGCUCGUCCGAUUCGGCGUAACAGAGACGCUGAGUCAAAUGACCGGUGUCGAGCAGGGCGCUGCGAUGAGCAGUGGCAAGAUGUGUGGACUGGAGGGGAGUAAAAAAAUGGCGCGACGACUUUGGGAUCGACAUUCCGCUGCUGUUACUAGUGAUAAUACGGCUGUUGAGACUAUGCCGCCUAUCAUCGAUGGCGUUGAGCAGCCUACCCAUGAGCUGAGCUUGUGUUGCAUCAGUGGUGUCUUAGUUUGUUGGGUAUUCCGCUUGGGGAGCUUUGGGAUUUGA